UCUCGAAACUAGUCAACAUGAGCGCGACGUUGAGCAAAGCUGAUUAUUUAAAGAGGUACAUGUCCGAUUCAGCGGGUACUGAAAAGACUAAGAAGAAGAGGAAGAAACCUAAAGCAGUGAAGCCUCAUUCUGGGCUGAAAAUAAUAGAUGAGGACUUGGACUUUAAGACUGGCAUCCCAUCUGCUGACACUGGUCAUGUUGAGGAGGAGGAGGAAGAAGAAGAAGCACCAACUGUUGCUGAAAUUGUGGAUGAAAGACCAGUCCAUGUCCAGAGGAUAGAACAAUACAGGAAGGACAGCAAGUGGAAGUUACUCGCUUCUGAUAAGCAAGCAGCAGAUAGGGCAAAUGUAGAGUAUGGUGAACUUGACACCUCUCCACAAGGCAACAAACAGCGUCAUGAUUCUGACUCUGAUGUGUCUCCGCCAAGAAGGAAAAACAGGCAUGAUUCUGAUGAAUCUCCACCUAGAACAAAAAAGACAGACGUAAUAAAUGGAAAAACUGAUAAAACUACAGUGUCUAGAAGACAGAGACAUGAUUCUGAUUCUGACCAAUCAAUACCUAGGAGACAAAGGCAUGAUUCUGAUUCUGAUUCUGACCAGUUAUUACCUAGGAGACAAAGGCAUGAUUCUGACCAAUCUCCCCCAAGAAAACAAAGACAUGACUCUGGUUCUGACCAAUCUCCUCCAAGGAAACAAAGACAUGACUCUGGUUCUGACCAAUCUCCUCCUAGGAAACAAAGACACGACUCUGGUUCUGACCAAUCUCCUCCAAGGAAACAGAGAAAUACUUAUGAUUCAGACCAGUCCCCUCCCAGAAAAUCCAAGAAACAGAACUCCGAUUCUGAUCAGUCCCCUCCUAGAAGACAAAAGAAACAGGUAGAUUCUGUUGAAUCCCCUCCCAGAAAAAAUAAACAAGACUCACUGAGAAGUAAAGAAGGGAAGAUGAGUAAAACCCUGGCAGGUGCUAAAGCAGGUCUAUCAUCUGCCAGAGAAAUGAGAGAAGAAGCAGAAAAACUGAAAAGAAAGGAAAAUAAGAUGUUUCAACAGAUAGAUGCUGAAGCUCUUGGGAAGAAUGCAGAAACUGUGUUCAGAGACAAAGGAGGGAAGAGAAGAAACUUAAAAGAAGAAAAACUGAAGCAGAGGGCAGAGGAUGCCAAAAAGGAAGAGAUGAAUGAAAAGUAUAUGGUUUGGGGGAAAGGAAUGGCACAAAAAGCACAACAGGAACAGACGCUGCAGGAAACACUACAUGAAAUGGACAAGCCCCUCGCAAGAUUCAAAGAUGACGAGGAUUUGGACGCCAUGUUGAAGGAGCGAGAGCGGGCAGAGGACCCCAUGCUGGCAUAUAUGCAGAAGAAGAAAGCUAAGGAAAACAAAGGAGGGUCAAAGGCCAAAGCUAAACCAAGGUACCGUGGCCCAGAGCCUCCCCCUAACCGCUUUAACAUUUGGCCCGGGUACAGGUGGGACGGGGUCGACAGAUCCAACGGAUUUGAGAAGGAAUUCUUCGCCAAGAUGGCCAACAAGAAAGCUGUAGCAGAUAUGGCAUAUAAAUGGAGUGUGGAAGAUAUGUGAACACUGUUUUGUUCCACCGAGUCUCGGAUAUGUUUAUAGGCUAAAUGUAGGAGUGAUAUUUAGAAGGUCAGGCUCUUAAUCUAAGGGAGAGAAAAGAUGGGACGAACCAUCCUUUGCACUGGGGCUUGACGAGUAUAGUAAAUGCAGGGGAAAUUAUAGGUGAAGUAAGUGCCCAACUCACUCAACCUGUCAACAGUCUUGAGAGUCUUACGCUGGCAAAAUGGCCCAUACCAAUGACCAUGAUCAUAAAAAUAGCUGAAAUGGUUGACGGCUUCAA